AAACCACGUGUGUUCCCCACCAACGACCAGCGCUGUCCUUCCACAGCAGACGUGUUUGUAAGCAGCGACCCCUUGCCCGUCUGCUGGUCACCCUUGGUCCUCUGAGAAGGUUUGGCUGAACAUUUUGCAGAGACACUGACCCAGACCACGCUGCGGAGCUGCGUUGCUUCUUCCUUCCUUCCACUGACGCGACCAUGGUGAGCAAGACGGAUGACAUCCCGGCUACAGUGCCCGACUGCAAGCCGGUGGAUGUCGCGGAUGAGGCAGGGGAUGGAGCCCAGGACGCAACAGAAACCAGCAAAACGCAUUUGAAAGACUCGUGCGGAUGCGGACAUAGUGCAGAUACAGCCAUGGUGAAUGGCAGCGGCGCACAUGAGCACUCAGAGGAGUUGGAGUCAAAACAAAAUGGGAACGGUGAAGUGGACGGAGGUGAGGAGUCGAAUGAACAGGAGGUGAUCGUGAUCCAGGACACCGGCUUCACCGUGAAGAUCCAGGCACCCGGAGCUGAGCCCUUUGACCUCCAGGUGUCGCCACAGGAAAUGGUUCAGGAAAUUCAUCAGGUGCUGAUGGAUCGCGAGGACACGUGUCAUCGUACUUGCUUCUCGCUGCAACUGGACGGAAACGUGCUGGACAACUUUGCUGAGCUCAAGUCCAUCGAAGGCUUGCAAGAAGGCUCCCUGCUGAAAGUCGUGGAAGAGCCCUACACUGUGAGAGAAGCCCGCAUUCACGUCCGCCACAUCAGAGACUUGCUGAAGAGUCUGGACCCCUCAGACGCCUACAACGGCGUGGACUGCAUCUCCCUGUCCUUCUUAAGUGUCUUCACGGAUGGCGACCUCGGAGAGAGUGGGAAACGGAAGAAGAAGGGCAGCGAGCUGGAGCAGAUUGACUGCACACCCCCAGAGCACAUUCUGCCAGGCAGCAAAGAUCGCCCUCUUGUGCCCCUCCAGCCACAGAACAAGGACUGGAAGCCUCUACAGUGCCUGAAGGUCCUGACCAUGAGCGGCUGGAAUCCGCCACCUGGUAACAGAAAGAUGCACGGUGACCUCAUGUACCUGUACAUGGUGACGGUGGAGGAGCGCCACGUCAGUGUCACAGCCUCCACCCGUGGAUUCUACCUCAAUCAAUCUACUACCUACACCUUCAACCCUAAACCAGCCAAUCCCAGUUUCCUGAGCCACUCUCUGGUGGAGCUGCUGAGCCAGAUCAGUCCUGCCUUUAAAAAGAACUUCACUGCCCUGCAAAAGAAAAGGGUCCAGAGACAUCCUUUUGAGAGGAUAGCCACACCCUUCCAGGUUUACAGCUGGACCGCCCCUCAGGUGGACCACGCCAUGGACUGUGUCCGGGCCGAAGAUGCGUACACCUCUCGACUCGGGUAUGAGGAGCAGAUACCUGGACAGACCAGAGAUUGGAAUGAGGAGCUGCAGACCACACGAGAGCUUCCAAGGAAGAACCUGCCUGAGAGGCUGCUUCGGGAGAGAGCCAUAUUUAAGGUUCACAGUGACUUCGCUGCUGCUGCCACUCGAGGUGCGAUGGCGGUCAUUGAUGGCAACGUAAUGGCCAUCAACCCUGGAGAGGAAACGCGCAUGCAGAUGUUCAUCUGGAACAAUAUCUUCUUUAGCCUAGGAUUUGAUGUACGGGACCAUUAUCGCGAGCUGGGGGGCGACGCCGCUGCACACACCGCACCCACCAAUGACUUGAACGGAGUAAGGGCUUAUGGCGCUGUGGAUGUAGAGGGUCUCUACACGCUGGGGACGGUGGUGGUCGACUACAGAGGCUACCGUGUCACUGCUCAGUCCAUCAUCCCUGGAAUACUCGAGCGAGAGCAGGAGCAGAGCGUCAUCUACGGUUCCAUUGACUUUGGGAAGACCGUGGUGUCGCACAGCAAAUAUAUGGAGCUUCUGGAAAAGACCAGCCGCCCCCUCAAAGUGCAAAAACACAAUGUGCUGAAUGAGAAGAACGAAAGUGUGGAACUCUGCUCCUCGGUGGAGUGUAAGGGAAUAAUCGGCAAUGAUGGUCGCCAUUAUAUUCUCGACCUUCUGCGCACUUUCCCUCCCGACCUCAACUUCCUUCCGGUGGAUGGAGAAGAGCUUCCACCUGAGAGUCAGCUCCAAGGCUUCCCCCGCCAGCACCGCCAUCGCUUGGCCUGUCUCCGCCAGGAGCUCAUCGAGGCGUUCGUGGAGCACAGAUACCUCCUCUUCAUGAAGAUGGCAGCCUUGCAGCUCAUGCAACAGAAAGCCAGCAAAGAUGUGAACAAGACAGACAGACCUGCCAUCACAGACUCCUCAGAAGAUACAAAGGAAAAGACCACUGCCUCCGAUUCCACUCCUGCAGAGAACCUUCCAAACAGUACGGAACAACCGUCCACUCCCUCAGAGUCCGUAACUGCUGGUGAAGAACAAACUUCACAACCCGCCACUAACGGGGCGCUAAGCCCAGCGGUGACCCAGAAUGGAGAGUGCAAGAGCCCAUUGGAGGGUAAGGAGAUUGAGGAAAGUAUUCCAGGAUUAGCGCAGGCAAAAGAGCUGGCGGAGACCUUAGUAGCUGAAGACGGAUCUGGUAUUGAUCCCAAAAGCCGUGAGGUCGUCCUCAACGCUUGCAAGGCAGUGGGGUCCAUCAGCAACUCAUCGUUUGAUAUUCGCUUCAACCCAGACAUCUUCUCUCCAGGUGUCCGUUUCCCUGACGACAGCAUGGAUGACGUCAAGAAACAAAAACAACUUCUCAAAGAUGCUGCUGCCUUUUUGGUUUCCUGUCAGAUUCCCUCCCUGGUCAAGGACUGCUUGGACCACAGUGCUCUGCCCAUGGAUGGAGCCAUGCUGACUGAGGCGCUCCAUCAGCGAGGCAUCAAUGUUCGCUAUCUGGGUACUGUCCUGGAGUUUGUGGACAAGACCCCAGCUCGAGCUCAACUAGAGCACAUUUAUAGAAUAGGAAUUAUUGAGCUGAUCACCAGAUGUGCAAAACAUAUCUUCAAGACUUACCUCCAGGGAGUGGAGUUGUCGGCUCUUUCCGCUGCCGUGAGCCAUUUCCUCAACUGCUUCCUAAGUUCUUUCCCUGACGCUGUCGCGCAUCUGCCUCUGGACGAGCUGGUUUCACGUCGCAAAAACCGCAAACGCCGCAAUAGAGUGCCGGGCAGUGGAGACAACACAGCCUGGGCCAGCCUGACCCCCAGCGAACUGUGGAAGAACAUCGCCUCUGAGGCCCAGAGCUAUUAUCACUUCACCAUUCAGUGUGAGAGUGUGGACCAGGUGGUAGAGAAGUACAGCCUUCAGAAAACCACUUUGCUAAGGGAAGUCUCCAUCAAAACUGGCAUACAGAUUCUCAUCAAGGAGUACAACUUCGACAGCCGCCACAAGCCUGCCUUCACUGAGGAGGACAUCCUGAAUAUCUUCCCUGUGGUCAAGCAUGUCAACCCCAAAGCCUCAGAUGCCUUCCACUUCUUCCAGAGCGGCCAGGCCAAGGUCCAGCAAGGUUUCUUAAAGGAGGGCUGCGAGCUGAUCAAUGAAGCUCUGAACCUCUACAACAAUGUCUAUGGAGCCAUGCAUGUGGAGAUCUGUGCCUGCCUACGCCUGCUGGCCAGACUCAGCUACAUCAUGGGCGAUCAUGGCGAGGCGCUCAGUAACCAGCAGAAAGCAGUUCUGAUGAGCGAGCGGGUCCUCGGCAUCGAGCAUCCCAACACCAUCCAAGAAUAUAUGCAUUUGGCUCUGUACUACUUCGCCAACGGCCAACUGUCCACAGCCCUCAAACUGUUCUACCGUGCCCGUUACCUCAUGUUGCUGAUCUGUGGGGAGGACCACCCUGAGAUGGCACUGCUAGACAGUAACAUUGGUCUGGUCCUGCACGGAGUGAUGGAGUACGAUUUAUCGCUGAGGUUUUUGGAGAACGCCUUAACCAUCAACUCCAAGUACCACGGGGCGCGGUCACUCAAAGUGGCACUCAGCCAUCACCUGGUUGCGAGGGUUUAUGAAAGCAAAGCAGAGUUUCGCUCAGCGCUGCAGCAUGAGAAGGAGGGCUACACCAUUUACAAGAACCAGAUGGGUGAGGCGCACGAGAGGACGAAGGAGAGCUCCGAGUACCUGAAGUAUCUCACACAGCAAGCUGUGGCUCUACAGAGAACCAUGAAUGAAAUCUACAAAAACGGCUCCAAUGCGAGCAUCAUGCCACUCAAGUUCACUGCUCCCAACAUGGCCAGCAUCUUGGAGCAGCUUAACAUCAUAAAUGGCAUCAUCUUUAUACCUCUAAGCCAAAAGGAUCUGGAGAACCUGAAAGCAGAGGUGCAACGAAGACAGCAGCUUCAGGAGCACGGCAAGAGUGACGAGCCUUCAGACAACAGCCCACUCGAACUUGAGGACAAAAUUCCUGUUGAUUAACAUCUAAAUUCCUCAACCAUACUUCUCUGCUGUGAAGAGAUGCUGGGCUGUUGACCCAGCAGCCCUGUAACCCUGAGCGAACGGACCUGAGACAAGGACAGAAUCAUUUACCGGGAGGGAACGAUCAUCGCAACACAGAACUGUAUCAACCCUAGGACCAGAAAUUCCCUGCGGGAUUUUCCUGUAUGAUUGAAUGAAACCAGAGGGGAAGGCAGAAGUGCCGACAGAGGAAUCCGUCAGCCAUGCGAGCUGAAUUAUCCCCACAUAUUGGUGUUGCAGGAAGUGAAAACGAAUCUGGCUGCUUUUGUUUUGUGGCUGGAAAAAGAGACCAAGUUAUGUCCAUGACAUUCUAUACCAGAGCCUUAUCCAUAUACGGCUGUCAUAAACCCAGAUUGCUGUUUUCGCUGAGCUGGCACCAUUCCCGUAAGAGCCUUGAGAACCCUGCGGCAUGUAGCCUACCGAGGUGCUGCCAUGUCAGAAGCACCAACCCUGUCCUACAACUCAGGGCUACCUACUAAUGUGCACUAAAGCCAGAGAGUUUGAAGUGGGAUUUUCAGAAUGUAAGCGGCUCGUGCGAGUCGCUCUGCAGCUCUCUGCUCACAAGUCCCCGAUGGUUAAUUCAUUUAGGCCCCUCUGUACUCGUGACAAUCCCCAGUGGCCUCCUGCUGUAUCCUCUGGUUCCUCUGUCUCCCAACAAACACCACAGUGUGAGACAUUAGUGAGCUUUCACUUGAUUGUACAGUUUGAUUUCUUUUACAGACUUUCCUUUUUUUUGCUGAAAAUCAUUUUGUAAGCUUGCAGAUGAGAGUUACAAUCUAUUUUAGGGCCUGUUAAUCAUCCACUAAUUUAAGCCAUGUCUGUUUUAUAGAAAAACUGUAUAAAAGCGGAUGUAUAAAUGAGAUUUGACAGGUACUUGAUAGAUAUUAAGGAACAACAUUGCCGAGCAUCCGUGGUGAAGCACUUGAUUUAAUGCUUCAUUGUAACUGCUUGACCUUCUAUUUUUACACAUUGGAGGAAGAUGUGCAUGUAUGUUUGUGUGUGUGUGUGUAUCUGUGUGUAUUCCAAUAGAAAGUCUGCAGACCUGAGCUGCUGCUGCUUGUGCUGCUGUGUAGCAUAAAUAGAGGCUCAAAUGAUCGUCAGCUUUCUGGUUGUUUUGUCGACAUGUUGUUCGUCUGUCGGGAUGGUUGGGGCGUCUUCCUGAAACACUCACGGCCGCCAAUGUCACUGAUCUGUUGGAACUAAAAUGGUCUGACUCGCCAUGGAUCAGAUGUUGGUUGUCGUAUCCGAUUUGUUUGUUCUCAUCUAUUCCUUUAAUGGCUUCUGUCCUAUUUUCAAAUGCAUCUGAGUGAAUUUCAUGGAGCAGUGUGUUGUGCACUUUACCAUACUGUCAGAAUGUUUGAGCAUACUCUCAGUACUGCCAAAAGUACACGGAAGGGCUGCCUCAGUGAGAUGUACCAAAAAAAAAAAAAGGUUUGCUUGUAUACAUGCAAUGUACCCCCCUCCAUGGCAAUGUGUUACUUAAUUGUUGCCAUGUCAAAUGUGUGCAAUUAAAGCAAUAGAAAUGGUGCUGGAAACGAGUGCUUUAAGAUUGUGCAAGAAAUGAAUGGUGGAUGUCUCGUGCAGCAUCUCGACUGCAUUGAAAGUCGGUGACUUGAAAAAAAAUGUGAAUAUCAUGCUUUAAUUCUGACAGGUUAUGCACCUGUGCAAGUGGCCGGUUUAUAAUCCUGCCAGUGUCACGCGCUUCGUGCCUCUGAAAUAUCUGAGAAUGCGGACAUUUGAACUGCUCUUUUCAAUGGACGCGCCAUCUCUCGGUCAUAUUCUAGUUCCCCACUAGGUGGCACGCUAAUAUUCCCUAUGGUUUAUGGGUCUGGUCAUGGCAGGGUGGAAACGCACUCUUUUUUGCAAAUAAAUUGGCCCAUAUAAAAUGGAGCAGAGCCCAACGUCUGUCCACAUACAGUCCUGACAUCACAAUUCUAUUCCUCAAACUAACAGACUUGGGUGUUAUUAAAAACAAGAGAGAGAUUUCAGUGUGAUAUUGACUCUAUAACCAUUAGAGGUGCAUGUUGUUUUGUUGCUAGAUUGACCUUAAAAUGUAAAGGGAAUUAAUAAUGAAAUGUAAAACAUUACAUUUGACGUGUAUCACAUUUCUGAAGAGGAUUGUUUAUUUAGACGAAAUGACCCUCCUGUGACUGAAGUUUGGGUAGAGGGUGAAAGUUUUGCAAACAUUUUCACAUUUGUACCGGCGUCUGUUUGUCUGCAGGUUCCUCUUACUGCGAACUAUAAUCUGCUUUUCUGGAUUAAGUGUGGUUCUUCUGUCUUGGUUUUGACAGACCUAAUUAUUUUUUUGGGGUGUGAGUAAACUUUUAUAUUCAAUAAAGAGA